AUAUAGGAAUCUUUUAUUAAGAUAUUAGGUAUUUGAAAAAGUUUCCAUCGUUUGAAAUAUGUGACCGGUCAAAGAGUAAUAUUGCAGGAAGAUCGAGCAUUAUCACGUAAAGAGUUUGUGAUAAUUUUUUUCAUGUUAAUCCGUGUAGUUUAAUUUGACGAUUAGAUUAAUGGGCGAAGAUGUUUGAGUAGUGGGGAACGAAGGAUAGUGGAGUAUCUCAUGAGAUGUUCGAGACAGUCGUGAAUGUUUGAGAAUUAUUGAAUAGAUUUGUCGCCAAUGAUAAGUAAUGGAUUUAUUCCGACACUCCACGACGUGAAAGUUAUAGUGCAUUUUUCAUAUUAACCAUAGUGGCAGUGACAAGUGCAGACAGGACAGGUGGUGAUCUUAAGCAGAUAUAUAAUCUUAAUGAAAUGAAAAUAAGAUAAUAUAUGGUUAAGAUAAGCUCGCGUUAAUAGGACACAUUAUUUAAACCACAAAUUUUACGCAGAGUGCGGUGAAGUGGUGUGUCGGCAAGGCAUUAAUAAUGUACAAACCUAUUGUUACUCUCAAGCAAGGUAAAGCACGCGGUGCUUCCGUCCAAGGUGUUCUAGGAUCAUCUUAUAUUGCAUUUCACGAGAUACCUUUCGCGGCUCCCCCCGUUGGAGAACUCAGAUUCAAGGAUCCAGAACCACCUGUUCCAUGGACUGGUAUCAGAAAUUGUACUACAGCUACUGGAAAGUUCUGCGCACAGGCUGAAGAUGCUACGCCAGACUAUGUUUUCGGGAGCGAAGAUUGCCUUUACCUGAAUGUUUAUACCAAUUCUCUUAAUCAAUCGAAACCAGUGAUAUUUUGGAUUCAUGGUGGUUCGUUCAAAUCAGGAGCCGGAAGUUUCAAGAUUAUAAGGCCUGAUUACUUAAUAACAAAAGACGUCGUCGUUGUUACAGUUACAUAUAGGCUGGGUGCAUUCGGUUUCCUAAACCUGGGACACCGAGUCGCUCCCGGAAACCAGGGCUUAAAGGACCUAAUUGCAGCGUUGGAGUGGGUCAAAGAGAAUAUUGCCAAAUUCGGAGGAGAUCCAAACAAUGUCACGAUCGCUGGACAAAGUGCAGGCGGAGUGCUAGUCCAUGCCUUAACGGUGUCACCGAGAGCGAAAGGACUCUUCCACAAAGCGAUCAUGCAAAGUGGAUUAUUGACAUGUAGCUGGGGUUUCGGGCAAAGUCAUCCAGAACGUGGUUUCAAACUUGCGGCCGCUCUUGGAAUAAACUCUAACGACCCCGAGGAAAUCGUUAAAGAAAUGCGCAAGCUGUCCGAUAAAGAUAUCGUCUUGGGUUAUCCGAGUAUACUCACAAGACACGAGAGUCAAAUCUACGAAAUGGCGUUUGGAGUGAAUUACGAUGAUAUAGCGGAAAACCCAGUUUUACCCUUGCACAUUGACGAAUUAAGUUCAAACGACGCCAGUAUUCCUGUCUUGACAGGAUACCUCUCAUAUGAUUGUAUCAUGUUUUUCAAUGAUAACGGAAAGGAAGCGGUGGAUAAUUACAAUCGUUAUCUACCUGACUACGUGAAAAUCUUAGGGAGACAUAAACAUUUAGGCUCCGCGAAACUAGAAGAAUUAAUGGAGUUUGUCAAGGAUCAUUAUUUUAACGGACAGCCAAUUAGUAGUAACAUGAUGGAGCAGUUCCUACGUUUCGUAACCGAUAUUUAUUUUACCGUUCCCAUGAGGAAGUACAUCGAGGAUCGCGUGAAAAGGACAUCCGCGCCUACGUACUUGUACAAGUUUUCGUACGUCGGAAACGAAAUGACAUUUACAGAUCUUUCGAUGAAACGUGUUGUAAGAGGAUCAUCUCAUAUGGACGAAUUAGCAUACAUAUUGUACUCGCCUCUUUGCAAAAUUAAGAGCCUCGAACCACCACCGGUUGGUACGAAGGAUAGAGACCUGAUUGAAUUUUUGUGUACGACGUGGUCCAAUUUCGCUAGGACAGGGCAUUGUACUCCAUGUCAGGACGGUGUUAUCAAGACCACUUGGAAUCCUGUGACGAAGGAGGAGCGUUGUUAUUUAGAAAUUGGUGAACGUAUCGAGUUGCUACCCUAUAAACCUGAUGCGUUUAAUUCAAUUUACACUCUCUUAGCCGAUUUAUAAUACAACAAAACGUCGUAUUAAGAAUAAGUAUUUAUGCGAAACUCAUAAAAUUAUAAUGCAUCAUCUUUGAAUACACAUUUUUUAUUUGUUUAAACAUUUGUAUAAUAUUAGCAAUAAGAAUGAAAAACCAUAUCAUGUCACACUUAAUAUAGUAAUGGACUUCAUUAGUAUAUAAUAAGUCUUUAUCAAAUCAUUAUCUUAAAUUAUUCACGAGAUUUGAAGAAAGCUGCAGACCGCUACUAUCAUUGUAAUUUAUCUAAGAUUAUGUCAAGUACAUAGCGUAAUCCGUUAAAUGCCAGAUUAGAUCCGAUAAAUUGUGUACACAGGAAAUUAAAUCUAUUCUAUGAAUA